AUGAUUGAGCAGCUUAUAACACAGGAGGAGUACGACUGGAUCUGGUGGAUUGACUAUGACACUCUCAUCACCAAUACAGACACUAAACUGGAGAAUCUGAUCGACGACUCGUUAGCAAGUGUUUCCGCCCCAGACAGGAUCAAUUUCCUCUUAACCCCAGACUGCUUCAAUCUAAACGCUGGCUCCAUGCUGCUUCGCUCCUCCUCCAAAGUUAUCGAAUUCUUGUCUCGAGUCAAGACCUGCCGAUACGACCCUCUGCCAGGUCUGAAUGAUAAUCCUUCGGAACAGGACUGUAUGCUGCAGUUAAUCAAAGAGAAUCGGCACGAUGAGGAGGAACAGGUGCUAUUUAUUCCACAGUGGAAAAUGAAUGCAUUUCCAGAAGAGAUACUGUGUUAUGACCAGGACAACAGAAAGUGGGAGCCAGGGAUGUUUGUCGUGCAUUUUGCAGGGGCUUGGGCUCAUAUGCCAAAUCGAACGGAUGCAAAAGCAGAUCUUUUCGAAAAGUACUACUUCUUGAUCGAUCAUGAACGAGAUGCCCUGUUGGACCAGAGUCAGGCGCCCUAA